AUGCAGCGGCUGCUGCUCAUCUUUCUGUUGUUCUCCCCAGCAAUCAGCCAUCGUCCUGAUCUGAUAAAGGAACUUGGUGAGAAUGUUCCUGCCAUGGAACUCGUGCAUGUAUUGAAUUUAUCCCCUGUGGCUGCAAAGACUCGUGUGCUCUGCUGGGUCAACACAUACCACGCCAGCCAUGCUACAAGGCUGGACGCUAUCAAGCGGACGUGGGGCCGCAAAUGCGACAAGAUCGUCUUUAUGAGUGACAUAGAAGACUUGUCGAUCCCUACUGUGCAUAUUGUGUCUCCUCCCCGACAUGAUGCACUAUGGCAGAAGCAUCGCGAGAUCGUUCGGGUUUUAGUCCGUGAGUACAGUGAGGAUCAAUUUGAUUGGAUUUUUAAGUGCGAUGAUGAUACGUUUUUGAUCAUGGAGAACCUUAAAGCUUAUUUAAAUCGUCCUGAAAUUCAAGAAAUUGCUCAAGCUGGACCGAUUCUCUUAGGGCACCGCAUGACGUUGCAGUGGUGGGAAAUGCAGCGACUAUUUGAACCAUUUGAAGAGUAUGACCCGAAACAUGUAGCAGCGGUAUUGCAAGUGAAAAAAGAGACGAAAGAUCAAGGCGGAUUAUUGUAUACUCCCGGAGGAGGAGGGUACGCGAUGAAUUGGGCCUAUUUAAAAAAAUUAGAAGCGGCUUUAGAUGAACCCUUUUGUCUGCCGAAUGAUCUGGUACCGGAUGAUUGGGCCAUUUCAUUUUGUAUGCGGCAUUAUGGGAUCAUUCCAUUGGAUACUCGAGAUGAAAAGAAGCGAGAGAGGUUUCAUCAGUAUGAUCCCCACGAAGUAUACUCGAAAGUGCAUGAUGAAGAAGCUUAUGAUCACAGUAUCUUCACUUCGAUAUACCAGGAAAAUAAUUGGUUUUCGGAUCAUAAUGGUAUUGGAUGGCAGAAUGGGACGAACUGCUGUGCUCCCGACUCAAUUACUUUUCAUUACGUCAAGCCACCGCUCAUGGACUUGUUCUACGAGUACUAUUAUGGUGAUGAACUUGCUAGUAAGACAUAG